UUUUCAAACUCUGCACAGGAAAUUUUCAGACUCGCCAGCCUUUUCUUCUGGUCCAACUUCGCAUUAGUGGAAGGAAGGGUGGGUUGACACUUGAUCAUCAUGCAUCUUCCUCCCUUGUUCUGUCUUUUUUUAAUGGCCCAUGUCUGUGUUGGUCAUGAGCUGGGGGCUUCAUAUCACGGCCAUCGGAGCUGUCCCUAUCUCUAAGACGAUGGCCUCGGACGACACCAGGAAAAAUUCCAACAAGGAACAGAUUUUCAUGGGGAAAGACGGCGAGGAAGAGGCUGACAGCUGCGAGGAGGAGUGGCUCAGGAGGCAGAUGAGCGAAGCCAGUCCCUGUGCAACAGAGGAGGAGGAGGAAGAAGAAGAAGGCAAAGGAACUCCUCAAGGCAUUGACUUGGGUCCAAGAAUUAGCCUCAAGUCCGAGAUCGAAAAAGACAAGGACGACGAAAGCCUCAAGAGGUGGAAGGAGCAGCUCUUAGGAAGUGUCGAUCUCAACUCAGUAGGAGAGAAUUUGGAGCCAGAGGUUGAGAUCCUGAGCCUUUCGAUCCUCUGCUCCGGUAGGCCAGACAUUCUUCUCUCACUCCCUCUCGAGCCAAACCACAAACGUGCUUGGUUUACUCUGAAAGAAGGCAGCCACUACAAGCUCAAGUUCACCUUCGUCGUCCGCAACAACAUCGUCUCCGGCUUGAGCUACACCAACACAGUCUGGAAGGCCGGCAUCAAGGUGGAUAAGACAAAAGAUAUGCUCGGCACUUUCAGCCCUCAGCUUGAGACUUACACCUAUGAAACAUUAGAGGAGAUCACCCCUUCUGGCCUCUUUGUAAGAGGAUCAUAUUCUGCAAGAAUGAAGUUUGUCGACGACGAUGACAAGUGCUACUUGGAGAUCAACUACGGCUUCGAUAUCCGAAGAGAAUGGGCAUCGACAACAAAUUGAGAAGGAACUAUUUUUUUUCCUUUUGGCAAGUUCUUGCAUUUGUUUAUCCUUUAGAGACAAAUCUGAACUCCUAUGAAUGAAUCCAAGUCCUCUUUCUUGUUUCCUUUAUUACUCGAGACUGGAAUUCGAUUGGGAAUGAACUACUUUUGUUGUUUCAAGCAUCAUUUUGAACUUUUUCUGAUUUGGGAUUAU